UGGGACGAACGGUUCGAUCACAUAGCAGAGCACUUGGAACAAGACAACAACAAAAAGAGCAUUGAAGAGUGGAUAUGUGUCGAGCAGAACAAAACCAAGAAAGAGUUACUCGAGGAGAGGAUGCGAAAUGAUGACGAAGAUGAAGAGAGGGGAAAGAAUAAUGAAUUCGCAUCUGUUGGAGGGGAGGGUGACAGCGAUAAUCCGCUUCCGCCUCCGCCUCCCCCACUAGAACACGGACCUUGGACACCGACAUCAACGGGUGCAAGCUUAUCGCAAUCGUUACCCCCAUAUUCUGGUAAUGAGGGCAACAGAAAGCGAUCUGCACCUAACAAUGCUGGUGACCUGGAUCCGAGGAGCAAGCAAAAGAGGAGAAUGAACACUUUUUCGACCCGUGCUCCUGUCAAGGUGGACCAUGCAACUCACUUCAACCUUCAUGCCUAG